AUGGCCGAGAAGAACCCUGAUAGCAAGACGAUGCCGAAACACAUUGAAGAGCUGGAGAGAACUCACACGAACAUCGAUGUGAUUGAAACUACUCAGGAAAGUCCCUAUGGCGAGGUCAAUUUCAUGGGGACUUAUGUCGCCGUUACAUUGGCUUGUUGUGCGAGUUUCGCAGGUUUCAUUAUGCCUGUGACUUCACUUCAGCUGAUCGAACGAGACUUGGGUGUGUCGCCGAAUGCUAUCUGGAUCGCGUUGGGCUGGAUUCUAUUGUCUGCAGUGUCCUUCAUCCUUCUGGGCCGCUUGUCUGAUAUUUUCGGUCGGAGAUGGUUUUUCACUGGAUGUACGGUGUCGGCUCUGAUCGGAUCGAUUAUUGGAGCUACAGCGCAGCAGACUGAGGUUUUGAUCGCUGCGUCGGUUUUCCUGGGAUUGGGUUCUGCUGGACAGCUUUCGUUUAAUUAUUCUCUUGGUGAACUUGUCCCCAUGCGCCAUCGUUUCGCGGUCAAUGGUUUCAUCUUCCUCGCGACUCUGCCAUUUUCUGGUCUCGGUCCUUAUUUGGCUCGUCUGAUGAUCAUCAACACGAGUGCGGGCUGGAGAGGAAUCUACUAUUUGACUAUUGGACUUAACGCUGCUUCUACGGUCUGCUGGGUUCUGUUCUACCAUCCCCCAACCUUCGACAAUUUACAUCGCAACCGCACCAUCGGAGAUGAGCUGAGGGAAUUGGACGUCGGUGGUAUCUUCCUCUACGUCGCUGGCUUCUUCUUGUUCUUGCUUGGGUUGGCAUGGGGUGGUACUGUACAUCCUUGGAGCUCGGCAUAUGUGAUUGCUCCGCUCAUCAUUGGAUUCUUCACGCUUGUGGCUUUUGUGCUUUAUGAGAUCUUCAUGAAUCUUCGCCGCCCGCUUAUCCCCAUGCAUCUUUUCCGCAAUUUGGACUUUGUGAUUGUGAAUAUCCUCUCCGCGGUCGGAGGCGUGGUUUACUAUUCGGCGAAUACUUUAUUCCCCAUCAUGGUCGCCUCGCUCUAUACCACUGACCCUAUCGAAGGCGGUCUCGUGGCCAGCUGCGUGGGCGCUGGAGUCUGUGCCGGCCAAUUCAUCGGAUCCUGGAUCGCUGUCCCCGGAGGUCAAAUGAGACUGAAGCUCGUUUUCAGUGCCGUAGGGCUCUGUGCAUUCGUCGCAGGACUUGCUGGUGCAACUGACAGUAAAGCUGCGGGCUCUGCACUUGCUGUCUGUGGAGGACUGAUGGUUGGCCUUUUGGAGGUUAUUGUGAGCACGGUUGUCACGAUUGUUAUUGAUGAUCAAUCAGAGAUUGGAGCUGCUGCUGGUGUGUUUGGGAGUAUUCGAGCUGCGGCUGGUGUGCUCGCGACCGCCAUCUACUCAUCUGUUCUCAUGAACAAGUUGACCGAAUACACGGCGAGCGAUGUUGUUCCUGCAGUGGUCGCUGCUGGCCUUCCUGUGACAUCUUUGGAGGCAUUCUUGACUGCGUUGUCUACGGGAAAUACAGCAGCUCUCCAAGAGAUUCCUGGCGUAACUCCUGCAGCUAUCGGGGCUGGAGCCGCAGCGUUGAGAGAGGCGUACGCGAAGGCCUUUAAGAUUGUCUGGCUCGCAACUCUCGCAUUCGGUUUGCUCGCCGUUGUUGCUUCGUUCUUCACGACGAAUAUCGAUGACAGGCUCUCGCAUGACGUUAUUCGACGACUGGGUGCCAAACAAAAGGUGGCAGACGUGGAGAAGAAAGAGGUUGAUGAGUGA